GUCACUUUUCAUGCAUUUUCCAAGCAGCUGCAGGACUAACAUUUCAUUUUGUCUUACUUACAAUUUACCACUCAAGCUAAGUCAAAAUUCAGAGAGUAUUAUAUCAGCAACCAAAAUUUAGACUGCUAUGAUCCUCCUGUCUUGACCUCAACACGUCAACAAUGGAAGAAGAAGUGAAGCUAAUAGGGUUUUGGCCAAGCCCAUAUGUUUACAGAGUGAUAUGGGCUCUAAAGCUCAAGGGUGUGAAAUAUGAGUACAUAGAAGAAGACCUUUCAAACAAGAGUGAAUUGCUUUUGCAGCUCAACCCAGUUCACAAGAAGGUCCCGGUGCUUGUUCAUCGCGGCAAACCGAUUGCUGAGUCCACUGUCAUCCUUGAAUACAUCGAAGAAACUUGGCCGGGGAAUUAUCGUCUGCUGCCUCAAGAUGCUCACGAAAGAGCCUCCGCGCGGUUUUGGAUCCAAUUUUAUGUGUAUCAGCCUCCCAUUUUUGGUCCAUUCUUCAAAUUAACUGCCGGGGAAGAGCGAGAAAAGACAAUACAAGCCGUUUUGGAAAACCUGAAAAUAUUGGAAGAGCAGGGCCUCGGAGACAAGAAGUUUUUUGGGGGUGAAACUAUAAACUUGGUAGACAUAACACAUGGUUGGUUGCCUCACUGGUUUGAGGCCACUGAAGAAAUGGUUGGUGUCAAGGUUCUGGAGGCAAGCACUUUGCCUCGGCUGCGUGCAUGGGUUCAGAAUUUCAAGCAAGUUCCUGUGAUCAAAGACAACCUUCCUGACUACCAAAAAUUGCUGGCCCAUAUGACACGCCUGAGGAAAUCUCGUGUCCCUGAUCAAGUCUGAAACCUACCAAGUCAUAUAUAUAUUUUGUAUGCUCUAUGAAUUCCUUUGUUUUCAAUUUGAGCUCCCCUUUAUCUAGUAAAUGCUUUUAUUUCGAUCUCUUUGGACCUGCCUGCCCAAAAGGGUUUGGGUUGUAAUUUUUUUUUUCUUAUAAAAAAAAAAUCAGAAAAUUACGAAGUAUGUGUACACUAGCCGAAGGUUUCUAUAUCGCAGUCAAAUAAAUGAUAAGAAUGUUUGGUUUA